UAUGAGCAUGUAAAAAUUAUUCGCACUCGCACUCCGAGUGUCAGUGUGAAAGGACGUUUCACCUCGCUGCCAGGUGUAACAAAUCAGUAGCACUGCUGUUGUAUGGAUAGGUGGCAGCAUGGCGGCGUCAUCUGCUUACAAGUGCACGCUCAGUCCCGAACUCCUGGAGAAAGCUAAAAAGGAAUUGUCGGAAGACCCCAACACAACGAGGCAGGAAAUUAAAGCGCUGAGAGAAAGAUUGGAACGCAUUCCAGGUCUGAAGGCACGGACUGAUGAUGCCUUUAUUCUGCGAUUCCUCCGAGCUCGUAAGUUUGACCAGGAGAAAGCAUUCACUCUGGUGAUGAAUUUUUACACAGUCAAAUUCGAGCAUGCGGACUUGUUUGCCACCAUGAAGCCCUCGUACGUAAAAGAAGCAUUGGAAGAUGGGGUCACCGGUAUGCUGGAGCACAGAGACAAAGAGGGAUGCAAAGUGAUCAUAUUUAGACCAGAUGCCAACACUGUUCACGAGUUUCAUCAAAAUAGUAUUACAUGCAAGCUAGUUUAG